AUGAUGAUGGCCAACAAUAAUUCCGGUGAAGUGAAGGCAGCACCAGGCGGCACCGCCAGCGACGGUGCCGGCGACGACGGGGGUGACAGUGCCAGUGCCGGGGGGGACAACAGUGAGGUGAAUAUCCGCCGCGGGCUGGAUGUGAUACAGAGCAUGAUCGAUAUAUCGGCGGAUCGGCUCGAGGGCUUGCGGACACAGUGCGCCACGAGCGCCGAGUUGACGCAGCAGGAAAUCCGAACGCUCGAAACGAAGUUGGUGAAGCUAUUUUCCGAUCUUCUGAUUACGAAAUCGAAGCUUCCGGAGCGGCUGCCCGCUCGGGGUCUCCCCGCAACCGGAAACGAACUCAAGCAAUGGCUCAGAGUUGUAGGUCUGAGCUGUGCAUCACUUAAUGCUGUGAUACAACAGGUCACUACGCUGGAAGGACUGCUCGAGAAGGACGAGAAGGAGCUGCGGACAAUCAUGGGCAAUAACGUGUACGUCCGGGAGGAGGAAAUCAAGCGGCUGACGCGCGCCUGUGGCAACCUGCGACGGUGCCGCAAACAUCUCGAACUUCCCGCAACUGACGGUGGUGGCCGCAAGGGCACGGAACCGCUCGAUCUCUUUUGGGAUUCCUGGGACCGUCAGCCUGCGUGCCAUCGAACGUCACCUCGCGUCAACCGGUCCUUGGGUGGGGGUAAAGCGAUCACCAAGCACGGUGCGGUCGCCUCCGGAAGCUAUCAUAAUCAGCGCCACAAUAACGGCCCAACAAGUGGAAUCGGUGCAGAUUCACAUCAAGCGACACCUGGUACGAUCACGACAUCCAAUACCAGUCCCCAGACGGAGGAAGGCAUGCCGCCGACAGUCCAGCACGAUGGCACAUUGUUGAAUCCCCAGCAUGCCAUCUCGCCGGAUGAAGCUUCCACCAGCGGUUGCACUCCUUCCCCAUCGCCACCGAACUCGCCCUCGAACGUGCUGCUGCACAACAAGCAGAACCGUCGAGGCUUUCCCACGACACCUCCACCAAGGAAGAAACACCAAACGGCGCUUCUGUCCUAUGCAUCCACUUCCUCCUGCUCCCCGGCAACGGUGGCAGUAUCAUCGUCCACCGUAUCCACUAUGGCGGGCACGAACAACACCACCAUGACGACAAGUUCUGGUUCUUGCUCGGCUGCGGAAGCUAGCACUGCGCUAACAAAAUCGAAAUCCCAUGAAUCACAAUUUGGAAGCCAGCAGGCCAAUGUAGGAGGUGGUGGUGGGAGUGGUGUUACCAGUGGAACCACUAACAACAACAACAGCCAUGCUAAUAACAACAAUAGCAUUAACCACAUCAACAACAACAUUCCAUCGACGGUGGUUUCGCUUGGCGAGGGUUCGCUAACAACUACCACCAGCGCGGGCAUGCUGGCCAGUGGCACCAGCAAUGGCUCGGGAGGAACAUUCGUAUCCCAGCAACAGCAACGGUUGAUGGGAAAUGGAAGUGCGAACCGUAUGGGCACAUUUCCCCGCAGUCGACUACACACCGAACCAACCAUCACGGGGAGUGGUGGUGGCGUUGGCGGUGGUGGUGGUGGUGGAGGUGGAAACAGCAAUAUCCUCACCACGAGCGGUGAACAUCACCAUCAUCACCAUCAGCAACAUCAUCAUCAGCAAACGCAGUACCAUCAUCAUUAUCACCAUCACCUGCAGCAGCAGCAAGGCGGAGGAGGAGCGCCUGGUACCGGGAUGUCACCGGAGGCUGGUGGCGAGUACGGUGAUCCAGGCGUACCGCCACAUCCGACCGGUGGCGUAGGCGUGAUGAUAACGUCAGCCACUACAUCUGCCGUACCGCCAAAGUCACCCUGCACGCCAAUCAUCACGCGCGGUAUGGGCCACAUGAUACAGCAUCGGUUUACGAAGAAAUUCAAAGUCACCAAGAGCACCUGCGAUUUGUGCAACAAGCAGAUGUUCUUCGGCUUCAAAUGUACCGAGUGUAAGUACCGGUGCCACAAGGACUGCAAGUCCAAUGUGCCACCAUCGUGUGGUCUGCCGCCGGAGUUUGUGGACGAAUUCAAAAAAUCGCUUCAAUCGGACACGCUUCUGCCGACGAGCGUUUCACCAAACAUUGGCCGCAGUGGUGGAUCAGCUGGCGGAGGCAUCAUGUAUGGCGGUGUUCGAGGUGACGGUAGCAAAUCGGGAAUGGUUCGAGGACCGAUGCACGCUAUACACGCGUGUGGUGGCGGUCCAGAUAGCAGUUCGGCCGGAUCUAGCUGCAAUAGUUCUUCGCCCUCCAGUCCGGCUCUGCUCUCAUUACCACCGCAGACACCCGCCACAUCCAAGUAUUCGCAAUUUAACUUCCCGGAGGUGUCGAGCGGCACAGGCACCGGUUCCAUGAUGAUGAUGAACUACUCGUCCUCGAGCACCGGUGGAACGAUGGCAAUGAGUGGUGGAAGCGAUCGGAGCGGUGGCAUUACGAUCGAAACACAUCCAAUUGGUGGUCCUGGUAGCGGCCAGUGUGGGCUUGGUGGAAGUCUCGGCAGUAGCGGAAUUUACACGAUGGACACAAGCGUCGAAAUACCGAAACUCCAGUUCUCCGACAUUCCCGAUCAUAACGUACCCGGAGGUGGAGAAGAUAAAACUGGUUCCGCCAGUGCGACGAGCACCGACUCAUCCUCCGAUCGCACCCCGAUACGGCUUGAUUCGACCGAAGAGCGUGACCACGAAAGCAGCUGGCCACGACAAAACUCACUAUCACUGAAGGAGUGGGACAUUCCGUACGAUGAUCUGCAUCUGAAGGAAAAAAUCGGCAACGGACGAUUCGGAACGGUGCAUCGGGCGCUUUGGCAUGGUGAUGUGGCCGUGAAGUUGCUGAAGGAAGAUUACGUGGCCGACGAACGGACGCUGGAAGCGUUCAAACUCGAGGUCGCUACGUUCAAGAAGACUCGCCACGAAAAUGUGGUGCUGUUCAUGGGCGCCUGCAUGAAGCCGCCGCGACUCGCGAUCGUAACGUCGCUCUGUAAGGGCAACACGCUCUUCACACACAUCCAUCUGCGUAAGGAUAAGUUCAACCUGAACCGCACCACGCUCGUGGCGCAACAGAUCUCGCAAGGCAUGGGCUAUCUGCACGCACGUGGCAUCGUCCAUAAGGACCUGAAGACGAAAAACAUCUUUCUGGAGAACGGGAAGGUGAUUAUUACUGACUUUGGUCUGUUCAGUGCCACCAAGUUGCUAUACUGCGAUCUCGGACUGGGCAUUCCGGGCGGUUGGCUGUGCUAUCUGGCGCCGGAACUGAUGCGCAACUUAACACCGUACCGCCCAGUGGAGGGUGAUCUGCCGUUCUCGAAAGCUUCAGACAUCUACGCCUUCGGUACGGUUUGGUAUGAGCUACUGUGCGGUGAGUUCCCGUUCAAAUCGCAACCGGCCGAAUCGAUCAUCUGGCAGGUGGGUCGCGGAAUGAAGCAAACGCUCGCCAAUCUGCAAGCAUCGCGGGACGUCAAGGACAUACUGAUCCAGUGCUGGAGCUACCAUUCUGACGAUAGGCCCGACUUUGCCAAAUUGCUGACGCAGCUGGAACGACUGCCGAAGAAAAGGCUAGCCCGAUCACCGUCGCAUCCAGUGCAGUUGUCCCGUUCGGCGGAAUCGGUGUUCUAG